UUGGUACCAGAAGCAUUUGGAGCUCCUGGGUUGCUGGGAGCAUGAUGUUCUACCAUACUGUACAGCACUGCUGGAGAUGACAGUGGGUUUGAAGAGUUCAGAUUUUAGGACACGGCCUCUGUUGACAAAUGUGAAAAUUUCUGCCUGUUCAAUAACCCCAGCCUGGUCUGUGAUGGAGGUGUGAUGUGAGACCUGCAGCCUCAGAGCAAUGGCCUGUCCACAGCCAAAAAAGCAGAAGGCAACAACAGUUUGCUGUGAACCACAGGGAUAUUUUGCAUGUCCGAGCUCACCUGUACACAUGUACUUGUAGCCACAAUAUACACUGGGGCAAGAACAGGCUUUUCACAACCUACUCUACCCAGCACUGAUGAGGCUGAACCUGAAGUGCUGUGUCAAGUUCUGGGCUUCCCAAUACAGGAGAGAGCUGGACAUACUGAAUAGUGUCAAAGGGAGAGCCACCUAGAUGAUGAAGGGACUGGAGGAGAGGCUGAGAGAGCUGGGCCUGUUCAUCCUGGAGAAGAGGGGGCUCAGGGGCAUCUUAUUAAUAUCAGUCUACACCUGGAGGGAGAGUGCAGAGGAUGGAGCCAAGCUUUUGUCAGUGGUGCCCACUGAUAGGGCAAGAGGUUACAGGCACAAACUGAAAUGUCAGGGAGCACUUAACUGUGCAGAUAACUGAGCAGUGGCAUACACUGCCCAGAAACUGUGGAAUGCCCAGAAACUGUGGAAUCUCCUUCUUUGAGAUCUCCAAAACCUGCCUGGACGUUUCCCUGGGCACCCUGCUCUGGAUGUCCCUGCUUGAGCAAGCGUUGGGCCAGAUGGACCCAGAGGUACUUCCCCACCUCGGACAUGCUUACCCUUGGAAGACUCAUUUACCUGAGACAGGAGUCGGUGGUGCUGUUGCUGGGCAUCUUAUCUUGCCAUGGAGUUUUUCCAUUUGGAGACUACGUUGUGCUGAACGGAAAAUGGAAAGAUCACUUUGCACAGACAAGAAAACUGAAAAGGAAAAUGAUACAAACACUGAUCCGAGACAAGUUAACAAUGAACAAACUGAAUUACCCUUGACAAAGAGAAUCUCAAUAAAGAGAAGGGUUCAGGGGAGGAGGAGAACUGGCCAGUCACAUUACACAUGGGGUCAAAGGAUAGACAUGAACUCCUGCUGCUAUCAGCUACAAGGAAAUAUGGGAUCCUGUGCAUCAUACAAUCAAGAGAAAGCAUUCCCUUGGAUAGCAUCAUCCUGGCCAGUCCUUUCAAGGCAAAAGGAACCUUACUCGCUAGCUAGUCCACAAGAAAAUGAGGAAAACUGCAUGUAA